UGAUUAUAAUAGGUUAGUAUUAACUAUACCUUAUUAUUAUACAAAAUACUUAUUAUAGCCUUAUAUAAAAAAAUAACAAUGAUAAGCAACAUUUGUGCCUUUUUGUCAUGUUGUUUUGCUAUAACGUCAAAUAUAAAAACAAUAGAAUCAGCAGGAGGUUGCAAGACUGUUCCUGUACGAUUUUUCGCUCAAACGUCUAAUGCAGACUAUGUACGUACCGUAAAUAGCUUGAUAACGUUCAGCAAAAAUCCAAUAAGUAUGAAACCCGCUGAACAAACCAUUCUGUCAACAGCCGCUUGGGAAACUUAUGAAGAUUACAAGUUAAAAUUAAAAAGCCGCGAUAAAUUAGAGAAAAAAGCUAAAGACAUCAAAUGCAGUUUUUGUGUGAUUGCAAAAUCAAAUAUAUUGCACUUGGUUGAAAAGUUGAAAAGUCAAGAGCCUUUUGUUAACGACGAGGAACCUUUAACGGAUCUUAAAGAGGAAGCCGAACUCGUACUUCACUUGUUACUGUUGGCAAAUUUAGAAACGGGCAAAUGGCUUUGGAGUUAUUACUUGAAAAUCUUGGCCAUCGGCCGAUACGACGACAUGGACACUUUUAUCCGGGAAAACCCGUUCGGAGACGUUCAACUGCAGACGGACGUUUCGAAAUUCAUCGACGGUUGUAUUGAAGACAAAUACCUUCCCAUCGCUGCAAAGGAAUACGAUUUGGUCUCGAAAAAGCCCAAUGUGUACAACGACAUGUUUUGCGUUCUACGCAAUUCCAGAACAUUUAUAAACACUCGUGUGUUGAGCAGACGUGCACCCAUGGUCACUGUAGAAUUUUUGUAUCUAAAACGAUUUUGGCACGACGAAUAUCAAGUGUUGUUCGGGCAAAUAACCGAAGUCAACGUCGACUGGAGCCGGCCGAAACAACGACACCAGGUCGAGGUGGCCAAGACCAGAGAAUUCCUGGACAGUCGCACUUGGAUGCACGAACCGUACGGUCGCCUGGACCACCAACACUUGUUGGUGAAAAUUCUAGAUGCCAGAUUUUAUUGCUACAUUUCGGUCGUGCUGCAUAUUUACGGAAUACAAUUAGCCCUAAUCGACGAACAGACGCUGACAGACAUCAGAGAUUUUAUAUACACCGUUAUGCAUUACACGUUGGAGUUGACGGCGUUCAAAGACGAAUUUCUCGUGGCCAUUGUGUCGGAGUUCAAUUAUGUGGACAUACGCGAAAUCGACGACAUUAAAGACAUGUCGGCCAGGGUCAAGACCAAGGCCAACGAGAUCCUAAACGACUUGAACGGCGUUAGAGCGAACACAAUCGAUCGGUUCAGUUUCAACGUUGACGAAGCCCAACUGUCCACCGACGAUUAUCUAAUGAGGAUCGUGCAGAAAUACGAAGACUAUUUGUUGGAACUAAAAGGCGUCUGCUUUCCGUUCGGAUACGACGUGCUUUUGCAUUUUAUGGACGUAGUUAAAAUGUCGGCCGCGCAAUACAUUUAAAUUUUAAACUAAAAACACAAUGUUCAUACAACUGUAUCGCAUAAUAAAUAUGAAAAAAAUAUUUACCAACGCUAUUUUACCUGUUUAACAUAAAAAAAAACCUUAAUUAACCGUACGUGCGGAACAGUUAGACUAUUGGUUUUUCAAUGAUAAUAUGUGAAUUUAUUUUAGGUGAAGUUUUAAGGCUUCAGAUCUUUAAAUUAUACCGGAAAUAGAGUUUAAAUUAUACCGUUCUAGAGAAAUAGAGGGCCA